AUCGCUCUAGAGGGCAGACUUCUCUAAUUGGUGAGAAAAGUUAGCGGUUACGCGGGAGAAAAGAGGCCCGAGGGUUGCCAUGACAACAGGCAGAAGCUGCGCUCUCGGACUUCUUUUUUGCUUGAGGACAAAUUUGAAGGCCCUAAUAAGGGUUUCGAUUCCCGUACCGCGCCUCACCAACUGACUAGAGGAGGGGGCCUCCCUGGAAGGUCUUUGAGGAAAACACUCACAUAGCAGGAAAUCAAGAGACAUGGACCUUGAAAAUGUAUGUUCGACAUCUGCUCUGCAGGCCCUCUCCAAGCUGCUCAGCUCUCCAGAAGAAGAGGAGGAUGCCUUGGACCAGGUGUUAUAUCCAUCAACUUCCACUGGAGCCUUGAGUCCUGGGAAUAUUGGACCAGCAAAGAAAGAAGAAUCAAAAGUCAACCCUCCAAAUAAGCCUGAAAAUAGAAAGGACAUCUGGGAUCCGGAGGAGGUGCCAGAAGGAUCGGAGUUUGAUGACAUGUGGGACCCCCGGGAACAGCCAGAAUAUGACAUUAUAUUCAAACAGCAUGUGGGAGCCGAGGACGUAUUCCUGGGCAUGACCAGAAAGGACCCUUCUACAGCCUGCUGUGAGGAUCUCUUGGUUAAAAUCAAAUUGCCAGGUAUCAAGUCUUCUGACAUCACUCUGGAUAUCCAUGAAAAAGUUCUCGACCUUAGGACUCCCAAGCAUAAGCUGGUCCUGCACCUUCCCCAUCCUGUGGACAGCAAGACUGGAAAAGCAAGCUUUAUCACAGAAACGGAGAUCCUUGAAGUCACCUUGACUAUGAAAAGAGAGUUUGAUUUCCUUAAUUUUUUCUGAAGCUGUAAUGGGGUAAGAUAAGAUUUCUGUCCAGUAAGACUAGAAAUACCGCCAAAGACCAGCGGAAACUCCCUGGACGCUGAGUAAUUGUAUUGAUGAUGACUGGAUCUGGUCAUCCAUCUAUGGGGUGAUCACUAAGGAAUUGAUUCAGUUUACUAGUUACAACAAUGGAGAAUGGCUAGUCCUUUUGUUUCAGCAGCCUUAAGCACUCCUCAGACCAGUAUGUUGUUCAACGAUUGGCCUGUAGGAUGGCCCAAACCAAUUAAACCAAAGCAAAAAAAAGCUCUUUUUCUGUUGUUUGGUUAAUUUUGGUUAAACUCUCUAGAUUUCACUUAUGUUAAAGUAGUCAAAAUAUUCCCAUGAGUGGCAUACAGGAUGUCCCAAAAUUUAAGCUUAAAAAGUUAAAACUGCAUGAGGAGAAGCAGCUAGGUGGCUCAAUGAACCUGGAGGUCCUGGAUUCAAAUCCAACUCCAGACACUUCCUAGGUGUGACCUUGGGCAAAUCACUUAACCCCAAUUAACUCUUACUGCUCUUUUGCUUUGGGACAGAUACUCUAGUACUGAUUCCAAGAAAGAAGGUAAGGGUUUGUUUUUGUUUUUUUGUUUUUUUAAACCACUGUAUUGGGACUUUGGGGAAAUUCUGCUUAUAGAUAUUAACAUUUUCAUCAUAUUAAACUCUAUGCUUGAGUAGAAAAGGAAAUGAAGGGCUUCUGUAAUCUCUGAACAAUUUUGACCUGUUUGAAAUAUUUAGUAGUUGCAUUUGAAAGAUUUCUAAAAACUCUUUUUUCUCUCCCUUUGCAGCCUUAAAAUUAUUACCAAAGCCUUUUUCCAGUACUCCGUAUUUUGUUGGGGCAAGUGAACUCCUUGGAUUCUGAAAAGCACUGAAAGAAAGAAGAGUCAUCCUUGACAAAUUGGCUAUGUCUCCCUCAUUUCCAAGCUUUCUUCUUAAUUGGAUUCCCCGAUUUUGGUGAUGAGCUUGCUAGUCUUUGUCCCUGUUACUGUUAACUGUUCAACUAUGGUCUAUCCAUAGAUAGAAAUGUAACCUUCUCAGUCAGAUCCUUCAUUUGCAAGUUAACAAUAAAAAAAAAUCUUGUGGCA